GGCGCACUAGUAUAUGUGUUAAGUACAUGUCUGUUAUAAUCUUUAUGCAGCACUAGAGUUCAGGUCUGUGUCAGUUGUAAGCAAGGCAGAACGCAAGAUACACGGCAUUGUAAUGAGCUACAAUAAAGCUGAGUUAUCUCAACCAACACACUGUCUUCAUUGUUCCCGAGACACAACAAAACAUGGUGUCAGAAGAAUGAACCUAUAAGGUUGUUGAAAGUCAUUGCAUUGCAACAUGUCUGAUGUAAAACUACUUCAAUUUCCUUCAAAGGGGGAGGAAUCUCAUUUACAAAGUGUGAAGAAUGAUUUAUUUUUGGUCUGUUCCACCAGACGUCGUAGCUGUGCUUUGGUAAACACUCCAUCACCUUGUAUUAACAAAGCUAUUCUCCACAUUCAUGAGCUUGAGAGAAAAACUGAAGGCUGGUUUCAACAGUUGGAACACACACCAAGUCAGAUGUUUCCUCUGAAAGUUCAGCAUGGCAAGGUUGUGAGGUUUUCAUCACCAGACCCCAGUGCUGUUCAGCCUCUUGUUAGUACCUUAUUUUUGCCUGAUCUCACUGCUGAGGGGAUGGGACUUUGUGCAAGAGAAAGUGGCACAUCGACCCCUCUAAGAGAGGAGACCAGCGCCGUGCUAUCAGAGGUUAUUGACUUGACAGCACGUCUGGAAGCAGACUGCCAAGAGGCAGAAGCAGCUUUAAAGACAGAGAAGGAACGAAGAAAAACAUUAGGCAAGAAAAUCGACUGCCUGUCACUCUGGAGGCUUCAGCAGCUCCCAGCAGCUGUGCAGAAAGAAAAUGAAGCCUGUGCCCGAGAUAUCUGCGAACUGCAAUGGCAUAUUAAAUGUAAAGAUGGAAUGGUAAAACAAGUGCAAGAACGGCUGACAAAGGCCGAAGUAUUGAACCAGAGACUACAGGAUGACAUUGACUUUGUGAAGAAGCACGGUCCACUUCUGAAAGAAAAGAUUAAAAAGGAAAACCUUACGAUAAGUCUCAUAGAAAAAUCUCAGGAGGAGUCAAAUAAAACAAAUUCAGAGAUUGACUCUGCACAUCAGCAGAAACAGCAGGAGUUUGAUGAUGCCAGUUCUAAAGCAAAGAAAGAACGACAAAAUAUGGUUAAGGAAAUUGAUGACAUCACGUAUAAAUUGCAAGAGCUCCAGUAA